AUGCAGAAGAGACAAGGAUAUUGCAGCUAUUGCCGUGUGCAGUACAGUAACCUGGAACAGCAUUUGUUCAGUGCUCAGCACCGAAGCUCGACCAGACAGAGUAGAAAUCGUAUAUGUUCCAGUGGUUUGAUGGAACGUUUCUUGCAGGAUGUAUUGCGACACCACCCGUACAAUUACCAAGACACCAGAUCAGCACAAAAUGAGGCUCCCGCAAAUCCUGGGUCGCCUGAUGUGGUGGUUGUGGAUGAGUUUCGUCCUGAAGAAAGGGACGAGGAGACUGAGAGUGAAGAGCUGUACUCCGAUGAGUCUGAUCCUGCUGAAGACCUACAGUGUGGACCUAGUCAGUCACAGGAAUGUGCAAACGGGUUUUCGGCUCGUCCAUCAGUUAUUCAAAAACUGGAGAUGGGACAGCAGCAGUCCUUGGCGUUUGCUCAUAAAAUUGAGAGUGGUAUGAGAAAAAUUAAUCCAGUAGAAAUUGGUCAACCUACAAAUAAUGGAAAAAAGUUAAUACGUCCCCCAGUGAUUUGUAAUGUGUCUGCUAGUUAUUUACCUAACAGUUCUUAUGACAGACCACUUUCAGCUAAGACUACUAGGUUAGCGCUAGCAGUCUCUUCAGAGUCAUUUGGCCAAAGUGAUGACGCAAAUAAAUUUGACCAAUACUUUGGAGAGCUAGAUGGGGCCUCUAGCAGUCCUAUGUCUUCAAAUACACAGGAGAACCCUAAAGAAACAAAUAAGCAAACCGUGUGUAUAGAUAUAGAUAAAUUGCUUUCUCAGAGAAAUGUAAGAGCUAGGGGGGAAACUUCCACACCUGUUUAUGAAUUCCGUGAACUUACUGAUAAUGAGAGUUCACCAGAAGCUGAAUUUGCAGCAAGCUCAGUAGUAGGGCUGAAUAAACCUAACAUGCCUUCUGAUGAAGAAAUCUCUGAAGAUGCCAUUCCAAAGUAUUUUGAGGAAUCUCUUUCAAGUAUGAAUUACACCCAGGAAGAAGGGAAGUUGGUUUUUAACAAGCCAGAAGCUUUGAAAGAGGAGUGCUCAGUGAGUUCUGAAGACAAAGUGGAUCAUGGCUCUCUUCAGUCAAUCUCUGACCAAUCCCAAGAUGCUGAAAAAGGCUUGGAGCUUUCCAAGGAAGAAGAAAGUGGCCAAGAAGAUGAGAACUCAGAAUCUAGAGGUUCUCAGAUGAGUUUUGAUUGUGGUUCCUCUUGUCAUUCACUGACUGCUGUAUCUGAAGUGACUGCUAGAGAAGUAAACCUUUCAGAGAAAAUACCUGCUAAUUUACAGGACGAGAAUAAUAAAUCCGUCAUUUCCGAAACAGCUUCAGAUGAUGAUCAUGCUGAUUCUGUUCAGGUAGUUACCAGCCAGUCUCAAGUGACUGUUGAAGAAGUAAGUCCUCAGAAUAAAAAGCGAGUUAGCUUAGUUGACGAAUGCUAUGAUUCUAGUGGCUCCGAAAUGAAUUUUGAUUGUGGUGGCAACUCACUUCAGACAAUUAAUGAGUACUCCCAAAAUUCUGUACCAGAAGUAAGGCUUCCGAACAAGGCACGCAUUCAAUUGGUUGAUCUGAGCUAUGGAUCUACUAGCUCUGACGAAAGCAAUGAUCUCUCACUUGAAAAACCCCCAGUGGUUGCCACAGAAGUGAAACGUAGAAAGAAGGCUCGAAUUAGUUUGGUUGAUGAGAGCUAUGGAUCCAGUAAUUCUGAAAGUUCUGAUAGUGAUACUUCUCAGGACCAUCUCGAAAUGACUGUCAAAGGAAGAAACCUGAAAGCCAAACCUGUCCUAAAAAAUAAGAAACGCAAACCCACUAGUGCUAACGCACAUCUUGAGACAGUGGAUGAUGAACCCCAGAGAGAUGUUGAAGAGAUAAAUCUUCUGAAAAAGAAGAAUGCUGGCCUUGUGGAUAUGAACUGUGAGUCUCAUGGUCCUGGAAUGGGUUUUCAUGCUGAUGCUCAAUUAGUGGCUGAUCAAUCUCAAGUAGCAGUUAAAGAAGUAAACCCUCAGAAAGUAGAUAUUGGCCUAGAGAUUAAGAGUAUUCAAUAUAGAAUUGCUAACCUAAGUAUUGAGUCUCAUGAUAAUAACUAUCAGUCAGCUAAUGAUCAACCUGAAGGGGCUUUGGGUGAAGUAAAUCUUAAAGAGUUAAAUGUCGACAUGGAAGUUAAGAGCAAUGGGUGCUCCAGUUCUGAGUUGACAUUUGAUUCCGAUUCCCCUCUUCUGUCAGUUACUGAGCGGUCUCAGCUGGAUUUUGAAAGACUAAAAGAAGAUGGCAUUAACCUGGAAGAUGAGAGCUGUGAGUCAAGUAGUUCUGACGUAACUUUUGAUUCAGAUAUUCCUAAUUGCUCAGUAAUUGACCAACUUGAUGAGGAGGAACCUGUUGAUCUGGAAAAUAAGAGUAAUGAAUCUUGUAUUUCUGAAAUAACUUCUGAUUCUGGUAUUCCUCUUCAUUCAGGAAAUGAUCUACCUGAAGUAGCUGUUGGAGUAAUCAUUCAGAAAGAAGAAUACGUACACUUAGCGAGGAAGAAUGAUACACCCAUUGAUUGUGAAAUAAAUUUGGAUUCUCAUGCCCCUCUUCAUUCAGUGACUAAUCCUCCUGAAUUAUAUGUUAAAAAACUAAAUUCUCAUAAAGAAGAGCAGGUCCAUGUAGAAAAUAAGAAAAAUGAGCCUGCUGACUCUGCAUUAAAUUUGAAUUAUGAUUUUUUUAACUUAAUGCCUGGACAUUCUGAAGAUCCUAUCAAAGACAUAAACUUCCAGAAGAAUAGAAACAUAUACUUAGGAACUAAGAGUAAUGAAUGUGUUUCUGAAACAAGAUUGGGUUCUGAUACCCUUUAUCCAACAGUUAUUUGCAAACCUCGAGUACUUGUUGAAAAUCCUUGGCUUCAAAAAGAAAAACAUGCUGAAUUACAACAUAAUAGUGCUGAUUUAUAUCAUUCUGAAAUAAAUUUAGAUUCUGAUGUCCCUCAUUAUCCACGGACAGAAUCUCAAGGUGCUGGAAAAAAAGCUAAGAGAAAGACGAAGCAUAUUCUAGAAAGUGAUAAACUUGGUGCUUCUGAAAUAAUUUUGAAUUCUAAUGUCCUUCCUCAGUUAGUGACUGAAAAACCUCAACUAGCUGUUUUGAAGGAGGGCCAUGUUGACCCAGAAGAUGAAAGUACUGAUAUUAGAGGUUUUGAAAUUAAUUCAAAUAUUGAUACUUGUCUCCAUUCAGUUCUAGACCAAACUCAGCAGACCUUUUCAAAGGAAAAAGAAGAAGUUAAAAGGCAUAGCAAAAACAGCGAACAACGCAAAAUGGCUACCCAGAUAAAACUGUGGCAGGAGGACACUGGCCUGGAAAAUGAGACUGUUGAACCUAAAGGUUCGAAAGAAAUACCUGAUUCUGAUGUUUCUUUUCAGUCUAUAUCUGGUCAACCUGACAUAACUAUAGAAACUAAGAACAGACAAUAUAGUUUGGCUUCUGACAUCCCAAGCCAGUCAGUGAUUGAUCAACCUAAAGUAACUAUUUUGGAGCCAAAGCACAUUGAGCUACAAGGUGAGGACAGUCAGUCUUUUGGAUCGGAAGCAAGUUUUGAGUCAGAUGACUCUCUUCAGUCAAUGGCUGUCCAGCUUAGUGAAGGUAGUAGAGAUUCAGAUUUUUGGAUGGAUGAAGAUGUUGACUUGGAAAGUAAGAGGGAUGAAGCGAAGGGUUUCAAAAUUAUAUAUGACUCUCUUGUCCUUCGUUCAGUGGCUUCUCAAACUGAUGUAGUUCAGGAGACCGACUGUUGUAAAGAACGUGUUGACUUGGAAGAUAAGGUUGUACAACCUAAUGACUCCAAAAUAAAUUUUGAUCCUAAUGGAAUUCUUCAGUCUGUAACUGAUAAAAUUGAAGAGACUAUUAAAGAAGCAAAUCUUCUGAGGGAGACACAUAUUCAAAGAAAUAUAAAGGAGAGAUCUAUUUGUCUGGAUGAUAAGGGCUAUGAACAACAUGGUUCUAGAAUAACUUUUAUUUCAAACAUCCCUUUUUGUUCAGUGAUUCAGCCACCACAAAUUUUGCAAGGAGACCAUUCCAGUUUAGAAGUUGGGAGCAGUGAUUCUUGUGGUCCUGAAGUAAGUUCUGAUUCCAGUGACCCUUGUCAUUCAGUGGGAGGCCAAACCGAAAUAGUUCAGGACAACAGUCAUUGGAAAGAAUGUGUUGACUUGGAAGAUCAGAUUAUUGAACCAGGUGGUUCAAAAAUAAAUACUGACUCUGAUAACCUUCAGUCUGUGACUAAUGAACUGCAAGAGCCUCUUCAAGAAAGAAAUCAUCUGAAAGAUAGACAUGUUUAUCUGGAUGAUAAUAGCUCUGAACCAGGUGGUUCUGGGAUAAUUCAUUUUUCGAAUACCCCUUCUUGCUUAGUUAUUCAACCACCACAAAUUUUGCAAGAGGAGAAUUCCAGUUUGGAAGUUAAGAGUAGUGAUCCUUGUGGUCCUGAAAUAAGUUUUGAAUCCAGUCAUGCUUUUCAUUCAGUGAUUGGCCAAACUGAAGCAGUUCCUGAGGCCAACCAUUGGAAAGAACAUACUGACUUGAAAGAUAAUGUUAUCGAACCAGGUGGCUCAGAACUAAAUAGUGAUUCUGAAGAGCCUCUUCAACCUGCGACUGAUAAAAUUCAAGAACCUAUUACAGAAGUAGAUCAUCUGAAGGAGGGAUAUGCUUCCCUGGAUGAUAAAGACUGUGAGCCAGGUACUUCUGGAAUAAUUCAUGUUUCACAUAUCCCUUUUUGCUCAGUUAUUCAACCACCACAAAUUUUGCAAGAAGAGCAUUCCAGUUUGGAAAUUGGAAGUGAUGAUCUUUGUGGUCCAGAAGAAAGUUCUGAUUCCAGUGAUCCUUGUUACUCAUUGGCUGAACAAACUGAACUAGCUCAGAAAACCAGCCAAGAAGAUAAGACUGUCCAACCUAGUAACUCUGAUUCUGAUGAACUUCUUCAGUCUGUGACUAAUGAGAUUCAAGCACCUAUUAAAGACUUAAAUCUCCUGAGAAAGGGACAUAGUCAUCUGGAUGAUAAUGACUGUGAACCAUGUGCUUCUGGAGCAAUUUAUGCUUCAGAUACCCCCAUUCAUUCAGUAAUUGAGCCAUCACAAAUAUUGCCAGAGGGGCAUUCCAGUUUGGAACUUGGGAGCAAUGAUCCUUGUGGUCCUGAAGUAAGUUCUGAUUCCACUGAUCCUUGUCAUUCAGUGGCUGAACAAAUUGAAGUAUUUCAAGAGACCAGUCAUUGGGAAGAACAUGUUGACUUGGAAAAUAAGACUGUCCAACCUAGUGACUCCGGAAUGAGUGUUGAUUCUGAUGAACUUCUGUCUCUGACUAAUGAAAUUCAAGAGCCAAUUGAGGAAGUAAAUAUCCUGAGUGAUAAUACAGGCUAUGAACCAGAAGGUUCUGAAGUAUUUCAUGUUUCAAAUAACCCUCUUCACUCAGCGAUUCAACCAUCACAGAGUUUGCAAGUGGCGCAUUCCAGUUUGGAAGAUAAGAGCAGUGAUCCUUGUUGUCCUAUAAUAAGUUUUGAUUCCAAUGAUCCUUGUCAUUCAGAAGUUGGACAGCUUCACAAUGCUGUCAAAGAAAUAAAUCUGAAGGAAGACCAUAUUUACCUGGAAGAUAAGAGCUAUAGACUAGUGGAUGUUGAAGCAAGUUGUGAUUCUGAUAUACCUGUUCAGAUUGUGGUGGAUCAGUCUGUGGAGGAUAUGUCUGUCAAAGAAAUAACCUUGGAAAAGAAGGAUCAUAAUGAUCUAGAAAAUGAGAACUCUUCUGAAAUAAGAUAUGAUUCUGAUCUUCACCAGCAGACAGAACUUGACCCACCUCAAGUGGUUUGCCAAGAAACAGGCCUUCAGAAGAAAGAGCUUGGCAUGGAAGAAAAGUCCAGUGAAGCUAGUGACUCUGAAAUGAUGUAUGAUUCUGAUGUCUCUUUUCAAAUAGUGGUUAAUCAAGGUCAAACGUCAGAUGGUGAGACAGAUUCUCCACAAGUGGUGAUUGUAGAUGUGGCAGCUAAUGACAGCGAUUGUGAUCGUGAAGUAAUUUCAGAUGCUAAUACCCCUCUCGAGGUAGUGAAUGAACCACCUCAGAUGACUAGCAGUCAGACUAGCAGUACAGAUUCUCCUGUUGUAGGAAGUCUGAAGUGUGACUUUUGUGGUUUUGAAGUAAAAUAUGAUCCUGCUACCUUUUUUCAAUCAGCGACAAACCAGUCCAAAAAGAGUUUCAGAAUAAUUAACCGGAACAAUGACUAUAUUAUUCUUGGGGACUCCACAUGUCAGUCUUGUGGUUGUGAACUAAAUUUUAAUGUUGCUUCCAAGUCUGUGACUUUCCAGCCACAAGGACCUGAUCAAAGUCGUGUUGACUCAGAAGACAAGAGCCGUGAAUCUAAUGAUCCUAAAAGAGAUUUUAAUUUGGGAGAUACUUCUCAGGCAGUAAAUAAUCAACUGCAGAAAACUGACACGGAAGACAAUGUUUGGCGGGAUGAAAUAAAUGCUGGCAUGAAAGAUAGUGAUUCUGCAGCAGAUGAUGCUCUCUCUACUGUGGCAGUUAUUCAACAUACUGUUAGUAACGACGACCCUUCAAUGUCAGAACAUUCUGACCUAGCAAGUGUGAGUGGUUCUGAGAAGGAUUUUCGAGGUGAUCUCUCUCUUCAGCCUAAUCCUGGCAAGCAUCAAGAAUCUGUCAAGAAAACACGCCGUCGUAAGAGAGCAGCUUUUGACCGGAGAGCAGAUAAUGAUUCCCAGUCAAGCUGUGUUCCCAAGCUUCCUGUAAAGAACCGUAAAAAGGUAGCUUUUAACCAGAGAGAAAAUACCCAUGAGUCUCAGUCGAGAUCUGCCUCUGUUGAUUACCAAUCAAGCUAUGUUCCUCAGGUUGGUUCUGGAAAGAGACGGAAGAAAAUAACUUUUCACCUGAGAGAAAAUAGCUGUGAUUCCCAGUCAAGCUGUGUUCCUCAGGUUGAUUCUGGAAAGAGCCAGAAGACAGUAAGUCUUGACCUGAGAGAAAACACUCAUUACUUCUAUCCAGGCUCUACUCCAAUUGAUUGCCAACCAAGCUAUGCUCCGAAGGUUGGUUCUGGAAAGAGCCGGAAGAAAGUAACUUUUGACCUGAGAGAAAAAACUCGUUAUUUCCAUCCUGGCUCUGCUCCUAUUGAUUGCCAGUCAAGCCGUGUUCCUCCUAGAAAAAGGCAGAAGAAAAUAACUUUUAAACUGAGAGAAACUGAUUCCCCAUCUUGCUCUUCUUCUGGGGUUGAUUCUGUAAGGGACGUAGGAAGGGAUGUUGUAGAAGAAAAUCCAAAUGAACCAGUUCUUGAAGCCUUGCCUCACGUCCCACCUUCAUUUGUGGGGAAAACAUGGUCUCAGAUAAUGAAAGAAGAUGACAUAAAAAUCAAUACACUUGUGAAGGAAUUUAAGGAAGGUCGUUUCCGCUGCUAUUUUGAUGAUAACUCUGAGACCAAUGAAGUUUUUUUAAAUGAAGAGGAAAGAAAUACCUGGCCUGGGUUUAACCAAGACACUGUACCAGUUCAGGCUCAGUCGGAUCAUGAAAAUAUUGAAGGUAGAAUUGCAGAGAAUGAUGGUGUUUCAGAGGCUUUAGAUAAAUCACACCAUCAUAGUUCUCUAGCAGAGAAGCCUCAUAAACAAAGUGAGAAUGUGGCUUCUCAGAGCCAAACGGAGAAAGUCAGCCAUGGAAUGGAAAUCAAUUACAAAAACUAUCCAUUGAAGAAAAGAAAAAUAAACAGACCAGAGGAAGAAUCACCAAAAAGGAUGCAUUUACAGAGUGACAAUGUCGAAGAAAAAAAACCCAAAAGCAGAGCUUUUGUGUUUCCUACACUAGAAUUUAAAGUUGUAGAGCCUAAUUCCCUGAUCUGUGUUUCUUCUGCAAAUACUAAGCGGUUGGAAGAUGAGUCCUUCAACUCAACUAAAACGAAUCAGUACAGUUAUGACACUGCGUAUAAACAGAAUGACCCGUUACCUAAGAAAACUGCACGGAAGACAACAGUACCAAACUCUGGCAGGCCUAAGAGGGCUAAUGCUGGACUUAAGAAGCGUGAAACAAGCACCAGUACAAGAAAGAGGGGUAAGACUCGAAACCCUGCUUCAACGACAGUACCAGCAAGAUAUGAAUUAAGGUCACGCUAUCGGACCACUAAAUCUGCAACACUUGAAGGAAAUCCAGAAGAUGCAAGUGCUAGUGGUGUUCUAAAUGACAGUAAUUGCCAGCCAACUCCUUUAAGUCCUGAUGUUCCCAAAAUGGCUUCUAAACCAGAGAGAAAUGAAUUUUUUGACAGCAAAAGUAAAAAGAAGGUUCCAAAAGGGAAGAUGAUAACUGAUGAUAAGUCACACUUUGGCAAGAGUGCUUCUGAAGCAGUUAUUCUCCGACAAAAAUUCAAGCUAGCUUCGGCAAAACUGUCCAUUCGAGUUCAGAUGAAAGCCAACUAUGUUAUUCGAAAGUAUCUUUUGAAAUACUCCGUGUUUAUCCGUCGUCGUUUUCAACGCAGAGGCAAUGCUCUUGGAACCUAUCUUAAAAAGAAACUGUCUGUUGCUAGUAGGGUAAAGGAUGUGAAGAGAGCAACUGAAAUGUUUUUGAGCUCCUCACUCCUACCCAUUGCUGUUGGAAAGCGCUUACGAGCUAUUUCAGGUCUUUCUCCAAAGAAAUCCAUGCGGCAUCCUUCCACUGUUACAGCAAGAAAGAAGUAUAAGAAAAAAUACCACCGAAGAAAGAAGUCUGCUCCGAUUAGAGAAUAUGAUUUGAGAAGUUCAGGAUCUGUACCAAAUGUGGUCAGAAUGGUUACCCGGCUCACAAGCAAAUUGAGAAGUAAUGAGGAAACCAGCAGUGAUAACUAUUUGCAGACCAUAACUCAGAUUUUGCAGAUUGUCCCAGAAAGCUGUCUAUGGGUCCUGGAUUUGAUCGAAGAUUAUAGACUUCAUGAUGGUUUUGUUCAUUUCCUUCAGUGUGGAGCAGCAGCAGUUCUUCAGCUUCUUUCUGUGUUUAAUAGCAUGGCAUUUUGA